AUGGAGGCGGCCUCCAAGCGUUUGGGACACCUGGCGCAUUGGCGCUUGAAGGAGACGCAGCAGGCGCAUGCCGGGGUCUGGGCGGAUGCUGGGGCGGAUGCUGGGGCUGCGCAAUUGGCCGAGGUCGGGUUGGCGACGUGUGAAGUGUCGGACUUGGGUGACAUCAGACCUGGAAUGGCUUGUCACGAUCAGAUCACGUUGGGAGUCCACGGCAUGGAGCCCCUGGUGGGAGAUGUUUGGGGUGUGAAUGUGUGGCCUAGGCAGCUGGAACUUCUGUGCAGCAGGUGGGACAAGGAAGAAUCAUUGGUGCAGAUUGAUUGGAUGAUUUGCCUUGGUGUGCAGAUCACGUCGGACGGCUCUUUCGCGGACUGCUUUGGCUGCCCAGCUCGUCGCACUGGUUCCCCAGUGGAGGCUCUGCUGGAGACAGCGGAAGCACACCUGGUCCGAGUCAAGCAGCGGGAGGCCUCACGAGCGUUUGACCUGGCGGGGGAGGCCCUCACGCUGUGCGACGCGAAGUCGCUCCGCUCCCAGGCUUGUGCGCGGCUCCUGCGGGCCAAGGCAGCCCUCCAGGGCGGCUUCAGCUUGGCCCAGGCCUUGGAAGAUGCAGAAGAGGCCCGACUCCUCAUGAACGACGUGUCCGAACGCCGUGGGGUUCGGGUGCCCGGAGCAUCCGAAAAGAGGAUCAGGGAGGUGGCCUCGGCUUUGUUGCUCCAAGCUGAGGUGAACUCCUUGGAGGGCCGCACGUUGAAGGCUUCCAGUUUGGUGAAAGAGGCCGUCGCACCCACCGACCACAUGAUCCGCACGCGCAUCGGUUCCGUCUCCACAAACGCCUUGGAUCCGAAGAUCGCAGCCGUGGCACACUGUGGAACCUUCCAGACAUGUCCAUCUCGCCUGGUCCUUGCACGGUCGCACGGCCGGCACGGUGGAACCGGUCUGGCGGCCGGGGCGGCACGGGCCUUGCGGCGCGUGAAAGAAGCAACGGCAGGGAAGCCUCCGCCUGAGGCCCGCUUGAGUGGAGCGGGUCCGAGUAUUGGUCCACGUCAUGUGGCCUGGGGCCAUGCUGCUCUGGUCUCACCAAGGGAGUUUCGAUCCCGAGCACGCGCGGAGGAUUAUGACUUUGUGCAACCCUUGGGCAGUGGUAGCUUUGGCGUGGUGCGAGAAGUGAAGUGCAAGCGAACCAAGCACCGCUAUGCGGCCAAAACGGUGCCAGUGACCUCGGACAACGAGAGGUUGGUCAUGUCCAAUCUGGGGCAUCAGCACAUCGUGCGUUUGGAACAAGUGAUCAUGGAUGGAGGUGAGAUGAUCCAGGAUCGCUGGGAAGAAGAGUUCGUGACCAAGCAGAAGUUCUACGACUCGCCAGGUACUCGAGAGACGGCCGGGCUAGCCCGACAGAUGCUGUCAGCGGUCAAGUACAUCCACGAGGUGCAGAUAGCACAUCGGGACAUCAAACCCUCCAACUGGUUGAUUGGAGCCAAGAGCUUCUUUCCUGUCUUAAAGCUCUCGGAUUUUGGGCUGGCCUUGAAGUUUCUGCCGGGCGAACCCAUGACCCAAACGUGUGGGUCCUUCGUGUAUAUGGCGCCAGAAGUCUUUGAAAGAUCCUACAGUGAGCUCUGUGACGUUUGGAGUUUGGGCUUGACCAUCCACGAGAUUGUGUGCGGAACACCGUACUUCUCCGAUGUGGUGGAAAGCAAAGUGGAGCACUUGGUUUGCAGCUUUGCAAUCAAGCUUGAUCAGAUGCCUGGGCCAGAAAUGACACCAAAGAAACGUCUAUAUAUAAAGCAAAACACAUGUGGGGACAUGUCGGAGGACGUCCUCGGUUUCAAACAGUUGAGUUUGUGGAUUUCUGAAUUUGGUGGUUGA